ACUCUAGUUGGUCAUAGUCUACUUAUUAUGUGAGUGUACAUAUCUCAGAGGGACGGUAAAACUCGACGUGUCUAUGGAUCGUGCAUGGCUUUUCAAGGCCAAUAAGUUGACAGCUGUCUGCACCAACACAGAAGUAUACUAAGUGCUGAUUUGACUUAAUCUUAAUCUUAGUCGUCUUAGAUGAUCUAUUCUAUAGAGAUCUGGAAUCUAGAUCAAUGAUAACAAGAUAAAUGUGUCAGAAUACAUCCCACUGACUCAAUGUCUUAAAACCAGCAAGAAGGACCUGUUAGGACAAACAGGCUCUUUCAGAAUCUGUAUAAGAAUGGUUUUAUAUUCUAAUUUCUCUGAAUUUGUCACCAUUAGAAUAGAUCAUAGAGUUUCAGGAUGGCUACUGAUGAGCUCUCCUGUCCCUACCCUGCUCAUUAUUACAGCCUACCUUGUGUUUGUCUUCCAAGGCCAGAAGAUGAUGAAGCAGCAUCAGCCCUGGGACCUGAGAAGCCUUAUAGUUGUGUACAAUUUCUUCCUGGUUAUUCUAUCAGCGUUCAUGGUUUAUGAGUUUAUGAUGUCAUCAUGGACUGUGCCUGGUUUCAGCCUUGCCUGUCAGCGAAUGGAUUAUUCAUAUGAUCCAAACUCCAUACGGUUGGCAGGUGCCUGUUGGUGGUUUUACUUUUCCAAACUGAUUGAACUGAUGGAUACAGUCUUCUUUGUACUGCGGAAAAAAAACAGUCAGAUCUCAUUCCUACAUGUUUAUCAUCACUCCACUAUGCCGUUCUUGUGGUGGCUUGGUGUUAGAUUUGUCGGAGGAGGUGAAGCCUAUUUUUCUCCCACUAUCAAUUCCAUGAUCCAUGUUCUAAUGUAUUUGUACUACAUGUUGUCAGCGAUGGGACCCUCCAUGCAACCUUACUUGUGGUGGAAGAAAUAUAUGACAAGACUACAGCUUGCUCAGUUCUGGCUGGUCCUUUGCAAAACUGUUUGUGCCAUAUACAUCAACUGCGGCUACCCUUUAGAGUAUCAAUACUUCCUCGUUUUUUACAUGAUGUCACACAUUGUUCUGUUUUCUAACUUCUACUUCAAGACUUAUCAAGACAAGGGAAAGCUCAGUGUUGAAGAAACCCCAUCAGACAAUAACAACAGGUCCAAACCAAUAGGCUUGUCUCCUCAAGAAAUCAAUGAUUCUGUACGGCAACGGAAAUAAUAGCCCAGCACUCAUUAGUUAGCAUUGUUUAAAAUAAUUAAAGAAACAGUGUGUCCUUUAAAAA